UCCGCCAUUGGCUCCGCCGCCCUCGGAGCAUUUGGCGGUGUGACGGGGUUCUGAACGGUGGGGAGAGUCGCUGAGUGUCGCUGGGGGGCAAAGGGGCGAGUGACGAGCGGACUGAAGCAUUGAGCGCGUGGAAGGCAGCGUAUCCGCACACCGAAGGUCCGAGAAAGGCGCUUCCAGAGGCUUCGGCACCUUGCGGACUCUGCGGCAGGGCCCACACCUGAACUCAAGGCCCUCUAGUGCGCGUGCGCGGCAAGGGUCCUCCCGCCCCUGCUCGCGAGACCCCAACGGCCGGCGGCUCGAGGCCUCGCGUGGGCGUCCUGGUGGAGCGGGUCAUGGCGCAGCUGUGUGGGCAGAGGCGGUGCCGGGCGCUCCUCGCUCUGCUGGCAUCGCUGCUGCUCUCGGGGGCCGCGGCGGCCGACGGAGAACGUGGCAUCCGCGACUUUUGCCUGGUUUCAAAGGCGGUGGGGAGAUGCCGGGCCUCCAUGCCCAGGUGGUGGUACAAUGUCACUGAUGGAUCCUGCCAGCAGUUUGUGUAUGGAGGCUGCAGAGGAAAUGCCAACAAUUACCAGAGCAAAGAGGAGUGUCUCAAGAAAUGUGCUGGUGUCACAGAGAAUUCCAUUGAUGACUUGGCCGCCAGCAGGAAUGGAGCAGAUUCCUCUGUCCCGAGUGUUCCCAGAGGACAGGAUUCUGAUGAUCUCUCCAGCGAUAUUUUCAACUAUGAAGAGUACUGCACUGCCAAGGCGGUCGCGGGGCCUUGCCGCGCAGCCUUCCCACGCUGGUACUUUGAUGCUGAGAAGAACGCCUGCGAUAACUUUAUCUACGGAGGGUGCCAGGGCAACAAGAACAGCUAUCUCUCCGAGGAGGCGUGCAUGCACCGCUGCUUUGGCAAGCAGAUCUAUCCUGUCCUGCCCCCUGGCACCAAAGUGGUGGUCCUGACGGGGCUGUUCGUGAUGGUCCUGAUCCUCUUCCUGGGAGCCUCUGUGGUCUGCCUGAUCCGGCUGGCACGGAGGAACCAGGAGCGUGCCCUGCGCACCGUCUGGAGCUCUGGGGACGACAAGGAGCAGCUGGUGAAGAACACAUAUGUCUUGUGAAUGCCCUGUCACCAAGAGAAUUGGGGGGGAGGGGGGAAUGUGUGUGUGCUUUUUUAAAAUAGAGUGAUUGA